AUGUGUCCUUGGAAGUCGCGGAGUAAUGCUUGUAAGUCGAAUAUUACAUGGUGUUUACUGAGGCGGCAACAAUGCCGGCUUUCGUAUGAACAACAGCACACAAUUCUACAAUAUGGCGUGUGCCAAACCACUCGUACUCGUCGGACUGUUUCUUGCAAGAUUUUGGGAUCUCCAGUCCACACUUGUUUUCUUGCUUUUAGUCCUGAUGGAGAGACAGUUGCCUCAAGUCAUAAGAAGUUUGUGCAGAUAAGCGAGGUCAAAUCUGGUUGCUGUUUGCAUAUUUUAAGAGACCACCCUCGUUCAGUCUGGUGUGUUGUUUUUCACCCUUCAAAUCCUCAUUUGCUAGCAUCAAGUUGCAUUGGUGGUGUAGUAAACAUAUGGGAUUUAACAAAAGGGGAUGGUAAAUUGAUCGGCGCACUUAGUUGCCAAAAUGUCACAGCGCUUGCACUUCACCCAACACAUAUGGUGCUGCUGAUCGCUGCAGGCAACCAGUUACUAUUUUGGUCAUGGCGUCAGAAAGAACCGUUUAGAAUGGCGGAAUCAGCAUCAGGCUAUGAAAAAAUUCGACUUGUAAGGUUUGAUUCGCUUGGGCACCAUAUAUUAACUGGAAUACGAAAUUAUAUGUCAGAUGAUGAAGAGGAUGAGAUAUGUUCCCAAGUUGAAGAAAAUCCAUUGAUCAGCCAAACUGUUGUGCAUAUCAAUAUGCAAAACAUGGAAACUACUGUAGAUGAUGUUACUGAAGAAGUGAUUACUGAAAGUGGUACAAGAUGCAUCCCCAUUUCAAGCAGAGAUAUGUCUUUAUUCCGGUUACAAUGGUGGGAUUUUACACACUUGGAAAUUCCUAAUUUGAAGCAAACAAACAUGCAUGUUGUCGCACGUAACUGCUUAUUGUCCAAUAAUACAAGUGCUGAUAUAUCAUCAGAUGGUCGACGUUUGAGUGCUUUAGUUAUGAAAUUGGACUCCACUAAGUUAUAUAAAACUAAGAUCUGUGUAUUUUCAUUGGAAAAUUGCACAUUUGGUGACUGUUUAUACUCCACAACGUUUGAGAGUGAUAUUUUUUCCACUUGCUUUUCACCUCUUGGUACUCACAUUAUAGUUGGUAUGGAUGACAACACACUCCAAGGAGACAGGACUGUGGCAUAUAUUUUUAAACUAUGUAAGAAAACUAAUUCUCAAGCUGAAGUAACUACCUUGAAAGUAAGAACAUCUGAUGAGCGGCAGUUCUCGAAUUUGCGUGCCAGUGCAGUUGUAUGGCAUCCAAUUAUUGGGUAUGGACUUAUUGCAUUUGGUACAAGUAAAGGCGGGGUAUAUUUUUGUCAUGUGUAA